AUGUCCUCCGAAGAUAUUGUCAUGAAUGAUCAAAGUAUUGUUGAUGUUUUGGGUGAUGGUGGUAUUAUUAAAAAGAUUCUCAGAUUUGCACCUGAAGAUCAAGUGGAUACACCACCAAGUGGUUCCGAAGUUACUGUUCACUAUCAUGGUACAUUGGCUAGUAAUGGUAACAAGUUUGAUAGUAGUAGAGAUAGAAAUGAACCUUUCAAAUUCAAGAUUGGUGAAGGACAAGUUAUAAAAGGUUGGGAUGAAGGUGUUGCCACAAUGAAAAGAGGUGAACUUGCUCUUUUCACAUUGAAACCAGAAUAUGCUUAUGGUAAGAGUGGUUCUCCACCAUCUAUUCCACCAAAUAGUACCUUGAAUUUCGAAGUUGAAUUGCUUGAUUUUAAUGAUGAAAUGGAAGUUACUCAAGGUAUUACAAAGAAAGUUUUGUCAAAAGGAGAAGGAUGGAGAAAUGCUGAGGAAGAAGGUGCUACUGCUGUUUGUAAUUAUAAGAUCUAUGAAGGGGAACAAGUUUUGGAACAACGUGAUAAUGUUACCCUUGUUUUUGGAGAUGAAAAUGUUGUUGGAUUUGUGGAAGAUGCUGUUGGUUCAAUGAAAUUGAAUGAAAAGGCAAUCUUUACUGUUACACAUUUCAGACCUUGUAAAUAUCUUGAAUACACUGGUCACACUGCUGAAUUCAAGAAGGUUUUCGAAACUGAAUUGAUUAAGGGCACUCAUACCGUUAAAAUGGAAGUAACCGUGACAGCCAUCGAAAAUGAAAAGAAUGCUUGGGAAAUAGAAGCUCUCGAAAAGUUGAAUCUUGCCGAAUCAAAGAAGGAACAAGGUAAUGAACUUUUCAAGAAGAAUAGACUUGAACUCGCCAAGAAGAGAUACGAAAGAGCUUUGAGAUUCAUUGAAGAUGAAAAGCCAGACGAUGAACCAGAAGAUCAAAAGAAGAAGAGAGCUCAAAUUAUUUCUUCAUGUCACAGCAAUUUGGGAGCCAUCUAUGUCAAACAAUCAAACUGGAAGUUUGCCAUCGAUGAAUGUAACAAAGUUUUGGAUGUUGAUAGAGAAAACAUUAAGGCAUACUAUAGAAAGGCUCAAUCUUAUCAAUCUCUUGGAGAACUUGAAGAAUCCAAGACUACUCUCGAACAAUGUGUUGAAGUUUGUGCCAAUGUAACUGAAGAAACUCAAAUCCAAUUACUUGCCUCUGCUAAAUCAUUCUUGGUCAAGAUCAACAAUGCCAUUGCUGAACAAACAAAGAAGGAAAAGGCAAUGUUUAAUAAAAUGUUCCAAUAAAUCAUUUUUAUUUAC